GUUUCCAAGGGUCUCCGCACUCCAUUCCGGUGAAGAGUCUGGACUCCGCUCCGGGUUUUGCUCCCUCACUGCUCUAUACAUCGCGUCUCCUCACUCCUGCAUUGCUGUAGCAGCAGAUGUUCGCGCGCUGAAGCCAGUAUCCACCGUUCUCUUUAUAGGAGCAAGUGUUCUGCAGCGGACAGCGAGAAGACGGAGAAGAGUGAGGACGUUUGCUCUCUCUCUUCACACGUCUGGUGUGUGUGUGUAUGUGGGUGAGUGAGGUGAAGAAAUUAGAGUCGCGUCUUUAUUUACCACACCUGUGAUGCGCUGCUGUCUCUGAGCAACGAAGACGCACUGAUGGCCAAGGUACAGGAAGAGGAUAUGUGUUGAAAGAGGACUUAUAAAUGCGCUGCUCGGUGUAAUAUUACGAAUACUAAACCUAGACUGACAGCAGAUACUCCUCGCAGCUCAUUCAGCAGAUAUUACUGACUUAAACGUGAACGAGAAGGUGAUAAAGAUGCCGUUACACCUGGGUCCCUUUGUCCGCUGGAGAUCCGGGCUUGUACUCACAUGGAUCUGCUUGUUUUCGUCCGGAUUUACCUUCACUGGUGGAGAGCACGCAGCCACUGUAACACAUCCACUUCCUGCGGCCUUCUCCGACCUGCUGCCACACUUCCUGGUGGAGCCUGAUGAUGUUUAUAUCGUUAAGAACAAGCCAGUGACCCUCACCUGCCGCUCGACCCCUGCCACUCAGAUCUACUUCAAGUGCAACGGCGAAUGGGUUCACCAGGAUCAGCACUUGAUUGACCGUGACGUGGACCCUGCCACAGGACUGCCGGUGAUGCAGGUGAAGAUUGACAUCUCCAGACAGCAGGUGGAGAAGAUCUUCGGUCUGGAGGAUUACUGGUGUCAGUGUGUGGCCUGGAGCACUACAGGAACCCAGAAGAGCCAAAAGGCAUAUGUGCGCAUCGCCUAUCUGAGGAAGAACUUUGAGGAGGAACCGCUGGGUAAGGAAGUGGCACUGGAUCAGGAAGUCCUUCUGCGCUGUCAUCCUCCUGAAGGUGUUCCUCCUGCAGAGGUGGAGUGGCAGAGAAAUGAGGAGCUGAUCGACCCCAAGACUGACCCCAAUUUCUUCAUCACCGUGGACCAUAAUCUCAUCAUCAAACAAGCCCGCCUGGCCGACACAGGCAACUACACCUGCGUGGCCAAGAACAUUGUGGCUCGACGAAAGAGCUCCUCAGCUACUGUGAUUGUCUACGUGAACGGUGGCUGGUCCACGUGGGCCACAUGGUCGGCCUGCAGUGCUGUCUGCGGUCGGGGGUGGCAGAAGAGGAGCCGGAGUUGCACCAACCCCACUCCCCUGAACGGCGGGACGUCCUGCGAAGGCCAGAGUGUCCAGAAAAGUGCCUGCACUGCCACCUGUCCAGUGGACGGAGGUUGGAGCGAGUGGAGUAAAUGGUCGCCAUGUGGAGCCGACUGCACCAUGUGGAGGAGCAGGGAAUGUACCCAACCUUCACCCAGCACGGGUGGGAAAGAAUGCCAGGGGCUGGAUCUCCAAUCCCUCAACUGCACCAGUGAGCAGUGCCCACAGACAGCAUCAGGUGCUGAGGAUGUGGCCUUGUAUGUGGGGAUCGUAGCGGUGGCUCUUUGUCUGACUCUGCUGCUGAUUGUACUGGUACUGGUCUACCGCAGGAAGAAGGAAGGUCUUGAUGCAGAUGUGGCCGACUCCUCCAUCCUCACCACUGGCUUCCAGCCCAUGGGCAUCAAGCCCACCAAGCCAGGUGUGUGGGCACCGCGCAGGGCAGCCCGCAGCAAAAACUCUCAUUUGCUCACCAUCCAGCCCGAUUUGACCACCACCACCACAAGCUACCAGGGAACGCUUCGUUCUCGCCGCGAAGUCACCGGAAAGUUCUCUGUGAGCAACGGCCCCCUCCUGGAGCCUCUUCCUAAUGGCUCCCACACUCUGCACAACGGCAAACUACCCAGCGACCCCAACGACUUCAUGAACCGCCUGUCCUCUCAGACGUAUUUCAAAACGCUACCGAGAGACAACGUAAACACCUCUUAUGGAACUUUCAAUUUCCUGGGUGGUCGCCUUACCCUCCCCAACACUGGAAUCAGCCUGCUCAUCCCGCCAGAGGCCAUUCCCAGAGGGAAGAUUUAUGAGAUUUAUCUCACCAUUCAGAAGAAGGAAGACAUGAGAUUGCCCCUGGCUGGGUGUCAGACGUUGCUGAGUCCCGUGGUGAGCUGCGGACCGCCCGGUGUGAUGCUCACCCGGCCGGUCAUCCUCAGUAUGGACCAUUGCUCUGAUGCAUGCCUGGAGAAUUGGGCCAUCCGUCUCAAGAAGCAGUCAUAUGAGGGAACGUGGGAGGAUGUACUUCAGCUUGGUGAGGAAGUGGUUUCAGAGCCGUACUACUGCCAGCUGGAGGCAGAGACUUGCCGGGUGUUCACUGAGCAACUGGGCCGCUUUGCUCUGGUCGGGGAGUCCCUCAGCAUGGCUGCUGCUAAACGCUUAAAACUGCUGCUGUUUGCUCCCGCCUACUGCUCUACACUGGAGUACAACAUCCGUGUCUACUGCAUGGACGACACACAGGACCUACUAAAGGAGGUGAUGCAGAUGGAAAGACAGCUGGGAGGUCGACUGAUUGACGAGCCUCACAUCCUGCUCUUCAAAGACAGCUACCAUAACCUGCGCCUCUCGAUUCACGACAUGCCCCAGGCACACUGGAGGAGCAAACUACUCGCUGGCUAUCAGGAGAUCCCAUUCUAUCACAUCUGGAGCGGCUCUCAGCGGACCCUGCACUGCACCUUCACACUGGAGAGACAGAGCCUGAGCACCUGUGAUCUCACCUGCACGCUGUGUGUGUGGCAGGUAGAAGGAGAAGGACAAAGCUUCACCCUGGACUUCAACAUCUCGAAGGACAUCAGACCACUGGACUCUGAUUUCCUGUUAAUGGACAACUGCACCCCUGCCCUGGCUGGUCCGAGCGCAUUCCAGAUCCCUUACCUCAUCCGACAGAAGAUCUGCAGCAGUCUGGACACCCCCUGUCCCAAUGGAGCAGAUUGGAGACUACUGGCCCAGAGACUGAAGCUUGACAGGCACAUGAGUUUCUUUGCAUCCAAAGCGAGCCCCACAUCAGUGAUUCUGGACUUAUGGGAGACCCAGCACUUCCACAACGGUAAUCUCAAUCAGCUCGCCGCUGUGAUGGCUGAGAUUGGCAAGCAGGAGGCCAUGAUAUUCCUGGUGUCAGACGGAGAGUGCUGACACAUUAAAACUCUGAGUGAUGGGGUGGGGGAAGGACGUGACCCUCUGCCCGCCCCACCAUAGAUGAGAAACAAAUCAAAGAACAGGGUUUACCCAACUAUAUGAGGCCACUUCCCAAGUGAAUAGGGAAUAAAAGAAAAUGAAAGAAAAAAAAAAUAAAACAAGACCAGGCUCAGGAGGAACCUGGCAGGGCUUUUAGAUGUACUGUGACUGAGACAAAUGCCCCUUUCUCAGAACAAAAAUCCAUUUGUUUGGAAAAUAAUGGUGUAUAGAAAAUCCCAGAUUCUGUGAUUCUGGUCCUGCCCUCAAUCACUGACCAAUAUGUACUUUCUAACCACAUUUGUGUUAGGCACAUUGAUAUAUUAAUAUCAGACUGGAAACUAAAACGAAUCGGUUUGAAAGAUAUCAAGCAGAAAACGUAGGUAAGGUGAAUAUUUUGCGAACUUAUUCAGAUUUGUGACAUGCAUUUUGUAAAUGUAUCCCAUUUAGCAAUAUGCAAACACACAUAUCGAUGACAAUUUCCUUUGGCCGACAUGUUUCUUACCUCACAAAGCAUUUAAAAUUUUAGAGCGUUUGCUAAAUUUCAGGUCGAAAACAUGAAGGAAGUAAAGCGUUUUUGUUGAGAGCCAUCACUUGUUCCUCUGCCCCUGUGCACUUAACGUGUGUGUUCAUGAAGCCAUAAAGUCCAAAAUUCACCUCAAUGCAAUGAUAUAUGUUCUGAUCCGGGUGGAUAAUCAGUAAAUAAGCACAGCUUAGCUGCUGAAGGAUGGGUGAUCAGGGACCUCAAAUGCUUUCCUAGCUGUUUUGAAGAGUAUUAGACUUUUGAGAAUAGGGUCGGAAGUUCUGCAAAGCAUUUUUCCAUGGCCGUCUUAUGUCAAUGGAACCCUUUCAAGACUAGAAUUCUCAUCUGAUUCCAUAGAAUCCCUCGUUUAUGAAGGAGAGAAAAAAAAAAUUCCCAGUUGGAAAGGUUUUCUUCUUUUAUAAACAGAAAAUGCAAUACUACCAAAUGUUUCAUUGCUAUUCUCCUUCAUAUUUAAUGAGUCUACGUUUCUCUGAAAGCCAUUUUGGCUUCAGGGCAGUUUCUUAGUCAUAGGAGAGAGAAUAUUUUCAUCACCCCCCAAAAAGCAAAUGUUCCAUCCAAGAAAACUUCAUCGACACUCAGCAGCUGUCGUAUUUUUCUAAAUUCCUCCGUCACACAUGUGCUUUGUUUCUGCAUAACUGUCACACCCUGUAGAACGGCAACACGCCAUGAAUGUGCAUUACACAGUUUGAAGAUUGUCCGAUUAUGUGUUCGUGUGUGUUUGAAUGUGAGACUAUUUCAUUCCAAAUGAAGGAUGAUUUGUGAGAAACUGUGGAUCACAAAUUGGCCGCUUUCAUCUCGACCGGUAAUGACGGCCACGUCUGGAGAUGAUUGGAGGAGUCCUGCACGUUCUCUCCACAGCAAGUGGAAUUACACAGGCCUGUUUCACUCAGCUAACAGAGAACUCAAGUUAAAGGCCAAAUUGUGCACACAAUGUUUUUUUUUUUCAUGCUUUUUUACCAUAUGUUUCCUUAAGGCUUCACUUGGUGAUUUCUGUUAAACAAUUAACCAGUCAGCUAUUUUCUUUUCUUUGUUUUUAAUCUACAAAAGUCAUCAUGUCUUGUAGAUAAGCACUUUUCAUGUGACGCAUCUCUGCGCAACCAAAGUGUAUGAGCCAUCUGGAGCAUUUCUUUCAUAUUCUUUUUUGGGAGUACAAGUAACACGUUCCUAAAUUCAACAUGCAUCUAUUUUUCUUUCAAGAUCUCAUGACUUGUGCAAACAUUUUGAGCAUUUCACUGGUAAAACAAUUUAAAUAUUUAAUACAGCACUUUGUAAAGUAAUUGUAAAUGAUAUUUUAAUUACAAGCCAAAAAAGACAAGUCAACUGAAGUAACAUUUGUCAAAGUAUAACCUGUGAAGUGUUUGCCUACUGUUCAUUGGUUAUAUAGCACUGAGUUCAUUCUUUCUGCAGUGUUUGCGGUUUAGACUGUUUUCGCCAUAAGUUUGUACACCGUCGUUUUGUUUCGUCCUGAGGCUGUUGGUUUAUGGGUAAUCAAUCCUCAACACUAUGUCAUGAGAAAACAGAUGCACCAGUAAAUGAUACUUAUGUCAGAGUAUUUAGACAAGGAUUUGGUGCAAAAUUGUCAAAUUCCUAACGCUCAGGUUUACAAACAGUUCAGUUGAAACGGACAUGUUACGCAUUUCUAAAUAUUUACUGAGUGUGCAACAGAUUUCUCAUCAAUGUUCUUUUUCACUGACAAAAAUCAUGAGCUCACAAAGUCAGCUUGUAACACUGAAUAAAGCAGAUGCCAUGAUAUUCACUAAAAGAACCACCGAUCUCUCUUUAUGACUGUACAUUUUUUCAGCCUCAUUCAUAGCUGUUCUGUGUAAAUGAAUGUGUGAAUGUGCUCUUUCUUUCUUUUUGAACUGAAAACCGUAGAAUUGUGUACCUGUGAAUGUUCAAUUCGAUUUCUUAAUUCAAUGUUCCUUGCCUUUCUGCAAGUCAAAAUGCUGUAUUUAUUACAUGCCACAGCGCUUAUGCAAUUGUACAAUUGUUUUCUAUUAUUCUUUUUCUUUUUUUUGGUAAAGUUACUUUUCAUUUUUUUCGUCAAUGUAAAUUGUCGUUUGUGGUAAUAGAAAGCCCUCUUCUGCAGAAGGUUUUCUGUACUUUUCGGACAAUGGUAUGGAUUUGUGGGUAGAAUUUUGGAAAUUCGUUUCUAAGUGCUUUCAAGUAUUUACUUGGCCUUAUGUAUAUAUCUCUCUAUGAAAUUUCAGAAAAGGUAUGUAUAGUAAUUGAACCUAAAAUGGAUGUAAAUAAAUUAUAUAUUGUUAAACGAGUUGAGUGAUUUGU